GUUCCGUAGUUGGUUCCGUACUUCUGUUCUAUCUGCCGUUCUUCAAGUUGAGUCUGUCUCCUCCCUUGGCGUUAUUUGUUUCGUUAUUUUUUCAUGAAUUACGUUAGCCAUUCGAUAUAAAAAAUGUAUCUAAUGUAUUACUUGAACGAAAAAAGGGAACGUGUCUACACCCUAAAGAAAAUUGACCCUAAUGGCAAGCCGACUCUGUCUGCGCAUCCUGCACGAUUUUCACCAGAAGAUAAAUAUUCCAAAGAACGGAUCACGAUAAAGAGACGGUUCGGACUCCUCUUAACUCAACAACCCAUGCCCACAUACUGAGAAUGUGUGUUGUUUUUUUCUUGUUUAUAAAAUCGUAUGAUUAAUCGAGGAUCGAUCUGAAGAUAAGACCAAUAACCUUUUUCCUGUAGACGCAUCACUGAUUUUCAAAAAGGUAUAUGUGUUAUAAUAAAUACAUUUGAAAAUGUUCACAAAGCUUA